GGCUGGCUUGCUGCUCCGCCGCUGACGUCACGGCCGUUGUUUUCCAAUGACGGGCGUUUAGCCGGGGAAGGCCGCAACUUACACUGAUUAGCUCUCCGUUUCUGAGGAUCAACAGCGCCAGUUUUCUCCUCUCCGGUCGCUUUUAAUUGCAGAAUUGCAGUGUCCCACCCCCUCGCCCCCCCAUCUCAGAGAGCAUGGCUCAGGAGACGAAUCAGACGCAGGUACCGAUGCUGUGCACUAUGGGAUGCGGUUUCUACGGUAACCCCCGCACCAACAGCAUGUGCUCCGUCUGUUACAAGGAACACCUGCAGAGGCAGCAGGGAGGGGGCCGGAGCAGCCCCCCAGGUGAGAAAGCUGCCACUUCUCCAGCAGGGUCUCCAGGAGCACCUACCGUAACUGUGGAGACGACCCCAGAGCCCACGUCAGAAGCAGUCACCCCAUCAGUGGAGCGCACAUCCAGCUGCUCCCCCAGUCCGGUUACCCAACAGAUGACUGCCAUGAGCAUCUCCCAGGACACUGCAGCCACUGACUCGGACAGAGCUGACGCCGAGGACGAAGACGAGGAUGAAGGCUCAUCCAAAAGCUCAGGUCCAGUGGGAGAGGCAGCGCAGGCUUCUUCAGACGGAGAUCAGACUCCUGACAAGAACAAGAAGAAGAAUCGAUGCUUCACUUGCAGGAAAAAAGUAGGCCUCACAGGCUUCGACUGUCGUUGUGGCAACCUGUUCUGCGCAAUCCACCGCUACUCGGACAAACACGACUGUCCCUACGACUACAGAGGCGCGGCCGCCGCCCGCAUCCGCAAGGAGAACCCCAUCGUGGUGGCAGAGAAGAUCCAGAAGUUAUGAGGACUGAUAACGUCUGAUUGAAACGGCGGAAGAUAAAAACAAAAAUUUGUUUGACCUGCAAGUUUUCCGAACUAUGGCGGCUUCAGAAUAAUAGCGUUCUAAAAACGGCUCCAUUUCUUCAUGGUGGGAUCAGGUGGGUGGAAUCGCACCUGUCCGGCCGCUCCCUAACCCGGCGUCUCCCCACCUCUCUCGCGGCGACUGUGAGUGUGUGUACGUGUGCGUGUUGUAUAUUCUGGCUGAGAGUCGGGGAGAGCACCCCUGGGUCGGGUGGGCUUCUGCGUGCUUUUAUGGGAGGGAGGAAGUUUUUUUUGUUUACUUUUUUAGUUUUUAGCCUUCUACGAUUUCGUUUUCUCGGGAUUUGCAUUCAUUUUGAUAAAUAACGCUCUGAGAUAAGAGGGCAGAAAAUGGGGAACGUAUGGGGAGGGGGUGCAUUCCUGAUUUUAGUCCUUUGUUUUUUCUUUAUUUUUGGUUUAAAAUAUUCAUAACACCAUCAAUUCCCAGUGUAUUUACAGCUGAUUUUUUCUCUUUGAUAUAGGCUUAUUGACUUAUACUAACGUUUGGGGUGCAUGAACCCUUCUGGAUGCAGAUUUUUGGGGUGGGGGUUGGGGUGGGGGGUUCGAUGGGGUCAUAGCAAAAGCCUUGACGUAAGUGAGUGUUUGAGUUGUUGUUUUUUUCUUUUUUUCUUUCUUGUUCUGUUUUAAUGAGCGUAUGACAUCAGAGGAUCUAUAUUAAUAUAUUGUAGUUAGCUUGAAUUGUGUGAUUGCUUCCUAUUUAUUUUAUUUUUAUUAUUUUUCUUUUUAAUUUUUCAAUUGGUUGGGUUUGUACUGGCGGAUUGGAAGCAUGUGUCUGGUUUAAAGAGCUGAAAAAAUCAUUUGCUUUGUGCUUAAUCUCUCCAGCAUAGUUCAAAGUUUCAAUAUCGAUUAUGUAUCCACUUAAAGACAGAAAUAUGUACGAUGAGUUUGAGUUCUGUUGAUAUCUCUUAAAAAGCUACGAGCAUUACAGAUUUUUCAUUCUGGAAUCAAAGCACAAACCAUUGUCUCCUCAGUAUCUGAGCACAAACAGAGUAGCGGCGUCUACACUCUUAGGUAAAAAGUGCCAAAUGGGUUCUUUGGAGCCGUAGAAGAACCACUUUUGGUUCGUUUGUCCAUAAAAAAAAGACAAGAAUUUGAAACCUCUCAGCUGAAAGUAAAGGUGGGCGAUACCACGAUGCAUCAGUUAUUGUGGUAAAUUGCAUCAUGAUACUGUUUUAUCUUUACUUGCUUGAAACCUUCAUGGAGCUAAAUUACACUUGAGUUCCGUAAUGCAAAGCGUUCCGCAACUCAUUUGAAACUCGGCCGCUACAGUUGCGAGCAUGUCAGCUGGAACAACCAACAAGUUUCAUGAAAUAAACAUAUUUUCAAAGAGUUGAUUUAGCGAAGAAACUCAAACAGUAGGCAGGUUUUUGGACGAAACAAAAUGAAAUCGUAAAUGGCUUUUAUGCAAAUUAGGUCGUUUUUUCAUUUUUCUGAGCCAGAAGCAUGAACAAGCGUGAGUUUCUCAAAGCUGACAGCUGGUUUAACCAGCCAGCUAAUGCUAGCAGCGGUAUAAACAGAGUCUAUUCCUCUGUAACCUGCUGUUAUUGUGAUCUACAUAACUACGUUACUCACUUUGUCCUCUUUCUUUCUCCAGUGCUUCUAGGACAGGAUGAAUGAGGGCUAUAAAAAUGUGGCAAGUAUGUUAACAACACACCACACAGAUGCCUUUAAAUAGCAAGAACGAGAUGUUGUACCAAAAACAUGAGCUGCCAGUUUGGCCAAAUAGUGGAGCGUUCGAACGAUUGUUGUUUUUUUUUUUUUUUUAACUGCUGUGAAUCUUUGAGUUGCGUCAUGUAAUGGUCAGGUUACGUGGAAAUUAUGUUGCAUGCAACUAGUUGCACAAAAGCUUCAUCUUGUAAAGCCAACCUUAGACCUGUUAGAGGGCCUGUAAACAGCGACCAGCCGUGUCCUACUGCCCAGUUAAAUCUGCAUAGCGGCAUGUAAGCAUGGCCCGAACAUCACUGUACAGCAUGGUGUGCAUCUCCGGUCCUAGAGGGCUGGUGUGUUUAAGUAGGGAAACCUCCAAACUGUGCUGGGCCCUGUAGGACCGGAGUUGCGCACCUCUGCUGUACAGGCUUGAGAUGCUUGUUAUUUCCAGACGAGUGCUAUAAUUAUUCUUAAUUCACCUUAAAAACCUUUAGUUUCAGACUUGAGCGUUAUUCUCAGUAGGAUCAUUACUGCAGCUCAAAACGUGUCCAGUAGGUGGUCUGCGUUUCACCAUGUAUUUAUAGUGGAUAACAGCAAUGGCGUAAUGGUCUUCCGGGUUUCUCAAACGCUAGAGGGCGCUCCCGAGCGAGUCCAAAAUGGACGGGUUAAGAUGGAGCUUUUGGAUAAAAUCAGUUUAUAAAUGCUGAAAUAUUUUUAAUGUAAAAGAACGCAGUCAUUUCCUGAACACAGAGCAACAUAAACCAUUUUAUCACCGCCGUUAUAUUUUUAGGAGCUUUUAAACUCCUUUAUUUUCUAAUCUUUAUAAACUCCUUUAGUUAUAAGAGAUUUAAAUGGGGCCUCAUCUACAUUCAUAAUGUCUGUGAGCAGCCAAUGGGUGAGAUUUCUUUGUUUUUUAGUGAAAUACAUCCGUCUACUGCCUAAAAUUAAAGGAAAGUUCUGGGUGAGUGAUUUAAAAUAUUGUAACUUGGCGUUUUUAGCCGUUGAGCUCCGUUCACUCCCGUUCAUUGAGGAUUCACUCAUUGAUAUAAUGAGGGAAAUAGGAAGUGGCCAGACAGCUCAUAAACCGCCUCUGAACCAGCUGUUCUAAUAAGGAUAACUAUGCUGUCUAGUGAACUAUUGCUGUUUUGGCUAGUCUUAUAAAGGUAUUAACUGCACGGUAAUUUAGGCCUUUUUUUUUUUUUUUUGUUUACCAUUUUCGUGGCUUAAAAUUCAACUUCCGAAAACUAAACAGAGAAACGAAUACCAAACACAAGUGUUCCAGUUAUUCUGGUGUUAGUAACGUAGUAUUAUUGCAUUAUGACUUUUUUUGUCCUGUUUCUAACACUGAAUAUCACUGUCAUGAACUUGGGGUAUAGAUUUUAUUCACUGAUGUGACUCCACGUUUGUCGUAAACCUCAGAAAAAGAAAUAAAAUGCGUCAUAAUGUC